UCGUAGCGAUUUGAAGGAAACAUCGGCAGGAGUAAAAAACCGUCCAUGGAGGCCCCGAAGAAACCCCGGAGCUCUUUGUGUAGGAAACACAGCAGCCGUCUGGAUAUUUACUGCUGCACCGAUGAACAGAUCAUCUGUGCGGAGUGUGCUUCAGCCGAGCACUCAGGACACACCAUCGGACUGGUGAGAGAGGAGAGGAGGAGGAAACAGAAGGAGCUGAAAACUGUACAGUUAAUGACCAGGCAGAUCCUCGAGAAACAAGAGAAGAAACAGAAGGGCAUGGGGAAGACUCUGGAGCUGAUCCAGGAGGAGGCAAUAAAAACAAAGGAUCACUGUGAGUGCAUCUUGGUCGGCGUCAUUGACUCUCUGCAGAAACACUACCUAUCAGUGCGGGGGAUGAUUGAAUCUCUGGAGGCGUCAACAGCGGCUCAGAUCCAGACCUCUUUGAGAGGCCUGCAGGUGAAGAUGGAGGAAAUGAAGAAGAUGAAUGAUGAGAUGGAUCGUCUGGCACUGGCUGAUGAUGUCCAUUUCUUAGAGUAUUGGCCCUCUUUGAAGCAGCUUUGUAUGAAGGACCAUCUUCAACCUUCUGAGGAGGUUUCAGAAGAUACACUUCUGUCGUUUGCGCUCACCAAGAGCGCGGUCGAAAAGCUCGGGAGGCAACUGAAGCAACUUUUUGAUGAUGAAUUUGCCUCAAUCUAUCAAAGUGCUGAAAGAGGAGAGCAGCAGGAAUCAGGAGAGGAGACAGAGGUGGAUGACAUGCAGCAAAGAUAUGAACCUGAUACCUCAGAGUCCAAAGGUCUCCCUGAUACAAACGCGACAGAGACUGAUCAGGAUGGUGAACCUAAAACCAGAGCAGAUUUCCUGCAGUACGCCUGUGGCCUCACCUUUGACCAGCGCACAGCUCAUGAGGACCUGGUCAUUUCAGCAGGAGACAAAGAAGUGAGGCUGAGUCCUCAGACGUUUAAGAGUUCAGCCGUUCGUUACCCAGAGCGGUUCCUCCACAGACGACAGGUGCUGUGCAGGGAGGGUCUGCAGGCUGAACACUGCUACUACGAGGUCGAGAUUACAGGAGGCAACAAGGUGGAGAUCGCUCUUGCGUACAAAAGUAUAGACAGAAAAUCACGGAUGAGUGUGUCUGCUUUUGGGGCUAAUGAGAAAUCCUGGAGUCUUGAUCGCUCCACAAACUAUUCUGUUAGCCACAAAGCUGACAGCAUCCAGCUCACAACACCACCCACUCAGAAGAGGAUCGGAGUUUAUUUAAAGUUUAAAGAGGGGACUGUGUCGUUCUACGAGGUCUCAGAUACUAUGAAAUUUCUCUACACAGUAGAAGCUGAGUUUAAAGAGCCUCUUUAUCCAGGUUUUUGGCUUGGAGAGGACUGCAGGAUCAGGAUCUGUGAUUUGUGAUGGCACAUUUUAUCGAACAUCUCAGAGGUUCUGUCACAGCUUGGGACUUUUUGUAUGAAUUUUACCAUUACGUUUCUUGUUUUCCCUCUCAAAACAGGAACAUGGAACAUUUUCCUCACUUCUAGUCUUAUCAUCAUUUUCUGAGGCACAGCUGUUUUUACAAAUAUAUAUUUAUACAGAUACUUGCAGAUCUUUUUCACACUUUAGAGUAAAUGUUAUAUUUAUGUAUAUGCACUUGACUUUCCUUGUCAUAAAUCAAACUGUAACUUUGGUACUUGGCAACAUAUAUGUAUGGUAUAUGGUCUUACUCAUUUUAAAGAAAUAUGUACUAUAUUUAUAUCAUGCUCCUUAUUGUUUAUAAUUUAACACUCCCUCCAUUUAUAAACAUCAGUGAAACUCUUACAAACAAAAGUUAUGCCAUGGCCUGUCAUUGCAACACAGAGGUCCAUAACAGCACUGUUUUUGAAAACCAUUUUUCACUACUUUGACACAUUUACAUGUUUGCCAUUUUUUGCCUUAUCUAACAAAUUAUCACCAGUUGCCCAUUUUGCCACUUUUUACCCAUUUUUGCAACUUUUAAUCAGGUUUUGCCACUUUUGCCCACAUUUGACUUAUUUUGUCACAUCAUUUUGAUAUUUUUCCCUUCAAUGUGUCUGAGUUCCUUCUACGGUAUCAGUCAUCCUGAUAUUUGAGGACACUUCAGUGCUCAAAUUAACAUUUUGAAGA